AUGACCUCUCACUCGAAUGCUUCCAAGGCUCUCCGAAGAGCGGGGUUCAUACUCAUGGCGAGACCUUCUCCACCACUCUCCUUCAUUCUUCAAACCGCCCAAAACUCAACCAUCUUCGCCAUCAGAGACUCAGCAAUCAGAAACACCUCACAUCCUUUUUGGUUCCUCAAAACCCUCCUCCUCUACCACACCACCACCUACAACCCCUUCUCCUUCCACGACCUCCUCAACAUGUCCCAAGGAACCUGCCUCACAACUCUCCUUUGCCACAAAAACAUCUCCCUCACCAAAGUUGACCGUGCACGAAACUCCGUCGAGAUUAACAACGUGUUGAUAUCAAACCCUAACCCUUGGAGAGCAACUAGCCGUGCAUGGGGUUCUUGCACCCUUCUCUCCCUUCCACGCCCAAGACCUUCUUCAAAGGGGUUUGGAUUUUUUUAUUCACUCUCCUGCUUGUCUUUCCAACUCCUCCCAUGCCUCCCUCUUUAA